AUGAUCAAGUCAAACCUACUUAAUACCUGGGUAAAUCGCUUCCAAACUUACGGGAAUACUUUUUCGGCGAAAGUUCAGACCAAACAUGCUAUCUGUACUGUCGAUGCGAGGAAUCUGCAAACUGUUCAUGCCCUAAACUUUACUCAUUAUGGUGUUCAGCCAUUGCGUCAACCUCCUACUUUGCCAUUUCUUGGUGAAGGGGUGUUCACUAUGGAUGGUCCGUUUUGGGAACACUCCAGAGCCUUGAUUCGACCUACCUUUACCAAAUCAAAUGUUGCCAAUCUUCCAGCUUUCGAAGUUCAUUUUCAAAAAUUUCUUGCGUUGGUUCCAACAGAUGGAACCAAGGUCAAUCUGAAACCACUUUUAAAUAAACUGAUUUUCGACACAUCGACGGAGUUUCUUUUCGGAGAGUCCAUGAACACACUAUCUCCAGAGACCACAUUCCAGACAGAAGAGUGCCUCGCAGCUUUUGACUAUGCUAUAAGAGGCAUGGGAAUUCGCUUCCAACUAGGUAGUUUAAGAUCCCUAUAUUGGGACAAAAAAUGGUAUAAAUCAAUAAAGAUCACCCAUUCAUUAGCGGAUCGAUAUGUAGACAAAGCCAUGGAGUUUCGGCGCAGCUAUUUGGAUGCCCGGCAAGAAAGAGGAAAAGAAGAGGUAGAAGAUUCGGAUCAAAAAGAAGAUGACGACAAUGGUAAUCCUCGCCAUGUAUUGUUGCAUGAGAUGGCAAAACAGACAGGUAGUCGUGAUGAUCUUCGAAACCAAAUCCUCCAUGUCUUCUUAGCAGGUCAUGAAUCUUCCGCUAUCACGAUUGGCAACGCGAUAUUCCAUCUUUGUCGAAACGCCGAGAAGUGGAAGAAGCUUAGGUCUGAGAUUCUUUCAGAGGGUGAUAAGCCAUUCACAUUUGAAUCGCUGAAGAAUCUUCACUAUCUGCAGUAUAUCAUCAAGGAAACCUUACGUCUACAUCCCGUUGCUCCCACAGAUACACGAAUUGCCUUGCAAGACACCAUACUACCCAAUGGAGGCGGUCCACAAGGCACGUCACCUAUCUUCGUGAAAAAGGGGCAGAUAGUUUUUGCAUCUUUCCAUGCCCUCCACAUGAUAGCACCUUGCUUCCAACCUGACCCAGAUAUCUUUCGACCAGAGAGAUGGGAGACGGUGCGACCAGGGUGGAACUAUCUUCCCUUUAUAGGAGGACCGAGGAUGUGUCCUGGUCAAAAUUUGGCUUUGACGGAAACGGCGUAUGUACUAGCGAGGAUGGCACAAGAAUGGAGAGAAAUAAACUGCAAGGACGAGGUCAUGGAGUGGGUGGAACUAAUGACCGGAGUUGCAAGUAGUAAGAAUGGAAUCAAAGUAGGCGUCGUUGUGUGA